GGAUUUUAACAACCAACAGCCAAGCGAGUUUCAGGUCUGCAUGGGCCAUAUUUAAGCUUUCUUCAUAGGAACUGAGUCUAAGAUGAAGUUAUGGGAUGUUUUGGCCACGUGUUUGUUGCUCCUGAGCUCUGUUGCUACACGGCCUCUCUACCAAAACACUCAGCCAGCCAAGAGGACUUAUUUCCCCAGCAGCUACAGUGAAUCUGCGUCCCUAUCUGUGGAGGACGGAGAGCCAGCGUUCCAGCGUAAAGAACACAACCUGCAGGAGAUCUCCAUGGAGGAUCAAUAUGACAUCGCGGGUCCCUAUCCGGAGCAGUUUGAUGAUGUAAUGGAUUUUAUUGAGGCUACCAUUGGCAGACUCAGGAGAUCGUCAGAGCCCAGCGGAGGCUCAAAGGGACGGAGAGAGCAGAGACAGAGAGGAGGAGCAGCAAACACAGGAGGCACGAGAGGCGAGAGGAGAGGACAUGGCGACAGGAAGCGUGGUCGAGGGCGAGGGGGAAAGGAGGGCGGGGGAGAAGGGGAGGGAGGGAUAUCGGUGCAAACCCGAGGCUGCUUGCUAAAGGAGGUCCACCUCAACGUGACGGACUUGGGGCUUGGAUACCAGACUAAAGAGGAGCUGAUCUUCCGGUACUGCAGCGGCCCCUGCGUGGAGGCGGAGACCAACUAUGACAAGAUCCUCAACAACCUCACACACAACAAGAAGCUGGACAGGGACACACCCUCCCGCACCUGCUGUCGGCCGAUUGCUUUCGACGAUGACUUAUCAUUCUUGGACGACAAUGUAGUGUAUCACACGCUGAAGAAGCAUUCUGCCAGGAAGUGUGGCUGUGUCUGAUGAAGUGACGGACAAGAUCUUCAUCAGUGAACUAAGGAUCACCUUUACUAGCUGGUGGGAUCUCUGUUGGACUACGGUCAUACCUGGUCGAAAAGGGAGUGUAUCGUCACUUAUUUUGGUAGCAGUUAACAAAAAAACAAUGGAGCAGCUAUAAAAAAUAAAAAAAGCAAACUGUACAUUCGACUAUGACA